GAGUAAUUUAUUUGUAUGUACGACUCAAAGUGGCUGCCAGCUGGGGAACAAUUUCAUAGAAAGCGAUCACGAUUCAGCUCCUUCUCCUCCUGGUAUGUCGUCGCAGAGAACCACUUCAGAGUCCAAGGCACUGGUCCCAGCGAAACAAGACGUGUUAGCUGUGGUGUCAGUGAGGAAAUCUAAGCGACCCUUCACCGUUGUUGAAGUGGAAGCUCUAGUUCAGGUUGUUGGGAAACUCGGAACUGGAAGAUGGCGCAGUGUCAAACUGAGAGCUUUUGAUAAUGCAAAACAUAGGACUUAUGUCGAUUUGAAGUUGUCCGUUUUGGUCCACACCUCACAAAGGCGGGGUGAGCCCGGGCCACAGGAACUCCUGGACAGGGUCUUGACGGCUCAUGCUUACUGGUCACGGCAUCAACCAAAACAGCACAGCCAGACACUUGCCUGUUUCUAUAGAAGUUGGGCUCCUUUUGUCGACGAGACAGGACACGACAUGACACGACACGUCAGUUUAGGUGUGUGAUAUCUUCAUUUUGUUUUCCUGUGAUUAAUUCAAUACUAAUAGUAGUAUGUAUAACAAGUGUGUCAAAAUAAAAGGAGAAAAUUAGUCUAUUUAUGUACUAAUAUUUGGGUUGUAGCAGUUGUAAAUUGGUUAAGGAAUAAGAGGCAGAAUUCAUUAUGCUAUACUGGGAAACUUGCAAUCUUUUUUAGUGUGAAGUUU